AUGAAAGGUGUAUGUGACCGAAUGGGGAGUGGUGGCUGGACAGGGGAAGACUGGAGACUGAGUGCCCUUGACCCACCUGCUGUACAUAUCUGCGCUUCAGCAGUUCCCUGCGCAGCUGGUCCAGCGUUGUCUGAAGGUGAGAACAACGGAGCCGAUGGAAGUAUGGCUGUGAAGGCAUCUGAAGCCUCAACUUCAACCAGUGUUAGCCGCACUAAACGUAAACAGGCAACGCCAGCUGUACGCAAGAAUUGUCGAACCAAAAAACUUACAUCUGCUGAACUUGCCUUAGAUGAUUUGGAAGUAUCACAAGAUUUUAGUUUAGUUACCUUUUCAAUCAGACCGGCCUUAGAUUUACAAAUUCAAAUCCAAGCUCUUAUCUCUCAAUUCGAAUAUCUUCAAUUGAAUAUCUUCAAUCAAAUAUCUCAAGCUCUGAUUGCUCAAUUCAAAUAUCUUCAUUUGACUGUCUCAAGCUCUUAUCUUCAAGCUCUUAUCUUCAAGCUCUUAUCUUCAAUUCAAAUGUCUUCAAGCUCUUAUCGCUCAAGCACUUAUCAUCAAUUCAAAUCUAUCAGUGUGUAG